UUGGAUGCCAAUCGCCGUUAAACCUCAUCGAAUAAGAAGCUGUUACAGCUGUUUGGCACCUUUUUUACGUUUCAAUAUUAACAUUUGUCUUUAUAUUCGUGAGGUUGUUUGGCGACUGAAGUUUACUUCCAGAGGCUUGCUUCCGAGUGUCGUUGAUUAGGGUGUGGACGGAGCGCUUUCUGUGAGACAGCAGAUCCUAGUGAAGGAGCAGAUCAGUCUCUGUGUCUGUGUCUCUGCUGAGUCACUGCAAGCUGGAAGGAGCACUAGGCUAGCGGAGCAGACGACAGCAGAGCACCAUGACCUACCGGAUGUUUGAGGAGAAACACCAUGCCUCCAUCUACCAGAGGUACCGCUUUGUACCCCCAGAGGAGAUCAGAGACAUCAUCCUGCAUUACCUGGAAAGGAAGAAAGUCCAGCCUCAUGCCCUAGCUGUGGACCUGGGCUGUGGGACAGGGCAGAACUCACGCCUGAUGGCCCCACACUUCCAGGAAGUGGUGGGCAUCGACAUCAGCGAGUGCCAACUGGAGGAGGCCAGGGCAGUGACAGGGUUCAACAACAUCACCUACAGGAAAGGGACAGCUGAGGAGCUGCCGUUUCCGGAUGCUUCUGUGGACCUACUGACUGCAGCCUCAGCGGCCCAUUGGUUUGACCAGCAGCGGUUCCUCUUGGAGGCAGGCCGGGUCCUGAAGCCUUGUGGCUGCAUGGCUCUGCUUGGCUUUGCUGAUAACUUCAGACUCCAUUACGGCUCAUGUGGGGACAGACUCACUGACAUCUGUGAUGAGUUCAAGAAGGUGCUGUUACCAUACACCAGCACACGGGUAGCAUUGGCCAACAUCAAACUACAGGAGCUUUACACUGCUAUCCCCUUCCCUGACAAAAAGAGGGUUGACUGUAUCCCACUGAAGCAGCAGAUCUCAGUGAGGAACAUAGUGGGCUUCAUGGAGUCCUUCUCCAUGUACCAGGCCUUACAGAGGGCCGAGCCUGAUGCUGCCACCGCACUGCUGCAGAGAACACUUGACAGGUAACAACCCUGAUCAAUCAACGGAUGAAUGAACCAAUGACUGAACUAAUUAGCUAAUUAACCCGGUGGAGUCGAUUGAUAAACCAGUGUGUCAGUUUAAGUUACAUAACAAAUAAAUACCCAUCAAAAUCCAUCAGUUUACGCUAGAGAUACUGUUUAUGUUUUGUUGCAUUGGAUACGUCUCAAUCCAACGCAUCUGCCAGUGUCACACUUCCGCAUCUGCAGUGAAAGGUGACAGAGCUAGAGCGAUGUUUGUCAGACCAUGAGACAUCCCGAAAAUCAUCUGUAGCGUCCGAACAGUUUGACCUACAAACUAUUGACCAUUGUAUGUAUAGACUCUCAUGAACACGAUGGUGUUCUCUUCUUUGCUCUACGACCCCCACAAGUGCCAGGAGUCUCGUAAGUUCUCCCACUUAAAAAGAUGAGAGAGG